GUUGUGGGAGGCCUGGCGCGGUCAGCUUUGUCCGGCUCGGGACUGGCAAGGGGUGCAGAGCAUCCCCUCGGGGCCAACACAAGUGUUUGUGGACUGACUGAGCAGCCCUCGGAGGACUCACCCCUGAGCUGCAGGUUCCGGAGGAAGAGGAGGAAGGAGCCAGAAGGGCCAUCCCAGACUGUCCCAAGGAGACAACCCAUUUCUAAAGACCCAAAGACUCAGAGGGGAUGUUCCCCAAGACCUCACACUUGGAAAAGCCUGUAGUGAGAACGCUGCUGGGAUAGGAUUGAAAGUCUGGGUAAGGACUACUCGUAGGAAACCCAUUGCCCGGGACUCAUGUCCAGCCCCUGCCAGGACACCCUGGCUGGGGAGAGAGAGGAAUUUGGGAGAAGCUCGAAUCUUGUUACCCAGGAGAAGGUGCCUGUAGGAGAGGGGCCCCAGCCCAUGGUACCAGGUGAGGAGAACUGCACGCUGAGUCCACAUCCAGCCGAGCAUGAGGUAACUUGUGCAAGGAAGAAAAAUGUCUGUAAGUGUGAGGAGUGUGGAAAAGAUCUGAAGCUGCCCUUAGCCCUCAUUGCCCACCAGAGGGCUCACACCAGAGAGAAGCCCUAUGCAUGUGGCCUGUGUCAGAAAGUGUUCAGGUGCAGGUCGAACCUCAUCGGACACCAGAGAAAUCACACCGGAGAAAAGCCCUAUGAAUGUAAUGAGUGUGGGAAAGUUUUCAUUCAAAAUUCAACACUUACAUUGCACCAGAGGAUUCACACUGGAGAGAAGCCCUAUACGUGCAGAGAGUGUGGCAAAGCCUUCAGGGGGAGCUCAGACUUAAGAAAACACCAGAGAAUUCACACUGGAGAGAAGCCCUAUGAAUGUGGUGAAUGUGGGAAGACCUUCAGGUGGAGCUCCCCCCUUAUCAGACAUCAGCGAACACACAGUGGAGAGAAGCCCUAUCAGUGCGGUGAGUGUGGCAAAGCCUUCAGCCAGAGCUCGUCCCUUAUUGAGCACCACAAGGUCCACACUGGGGAGAAGCCCUAUGAGUGUGCUGAGUGUGGGAAGGCCUUCAAGGGGAGCUCAGACCUGAGCCAACACCAGAGGGUUCACACUGGCGAGAAGCCCUAUGAGUGUGAAGAGUGUGGGAGAGCUUUCAUGUGGAAGACAGCCCUCAUCACUCACCAGAGGAGCCACAGUGGGGAGAAGCCUUAUGAGUGUCCUGAAUGUGGGAAGGCUUUUGUCCAGAGCUCACAGCUCACUCAGCACCAGAGAAUUCACACUGGGGAGAAGCCCUAUGAAUGCAGUGUGUGUGGGAAAGCCUUCAGUGUGAGCUCCUACCUUAUUGAGCAUCAGAGAAUUCACACUGGAGAGAAACCCUAUGCAUGCAGUGUGUGUGGGAAAGCCUUCAUCCAAAGAUCACACUUGACUCAACACCAGAGGAUUCACACUGGCGAGAAGCCCUAUGAAUGUAAUGAGUGUGGGAAAGUUUUCAGUGUGAGCUCCUACCUUAUUGAGCACCAGAGGAUUCACACUGGAGAGAACCCCACUGGCGACAAGCCCUAUGAGUGUGGCGAAUGUGGGAAAGCCUUCCUGCAGAAUUCAGCCCUUACCCUGCACCAGAGAGUUCACACUGGAGAGAAGCCUUACCAAUGCCACGAGUGUGGCAAAGCCUUCAGGUGGAGCUCAGACCUCAGAAAACACCAGAGGAUUCACACUGGAGAGAAGCCCUAUCAGUGCGGCGAGUGUGGCAAAGCCUUCGGCAGGAGUUCAUCCCUUAUCGAGCACCACAAGGUCCACACUGGGGAGAAGCCCUAUGAGUGUGCUGAGUGUGGGAAGGCCUUCAAGGGGAGCUCAGACCUGAGCCAACACCGGAGGGUUCACACUGGCGAGAAGCCCUAUGAGUGUGAAGAGUGUGGGAGAGCUUUCAUGUGGAAGACAGCCCUCAUCACUCACCAGAGGAGCCACAGUGGGGAGAAGCCUUAUGAGUGUCCUGAAUGUGGGAAGGCUUUUGUCCAGAGCUCACACCUCACUCAGCACCAGAGAAUUCACACUGGAGAGAAGCUCUAUGAAUGCAGUGUGUGUGGGAAAGCCUUCAGUGUGAGCUCCUACCUUAUUGAGCACCAGAGGACUCACACUGGAGAGAAACCCUAUGAAUGCAGUGUGUGUGGGAAAGCCUUCAUCCAAAGAUCACACUUGACUCAACACCAGAGGAUUCACACUGGAGAGAAGCCCUAUGAAUGCAAUCAUUGUGGGAAAGCCUUCCGCUACAGCUCAGACCUGAUCCAGCAUCACAAGCUUCAUACUAGAGAAUAGAUGGGGCAGUAUUGUUGUCUCUUUGAGAGCCAAGCUAGCUCGUCAUACCACGUGGCCUCCAUCUCUUCCUCGUGUCUCCAGCCUCCUCCCCACUGCCUCUUUGUCCUCUUUUCCAAAUGUGCCCAGAUCUCCCUAACCUGAGAGAGCAAAGGCUCAGCCUGGUUACUACCUCAAGCUCUCCUCUAGUUCUUCCUUUUCUCCCUCCUUCCUCCUCCCUUCCUCCUUCCUUCCCUCUUCCUCCCCC